UGACAAGGGGGGCUGGUGCGUAUAAAUCAAUCUACAUCGUCGUUGCUGCUACCACACUUAGGCUUGCCUCGGAGUUUCGUAUGUGCUUCUCCUUGUGUCUGUUCUCCACCCCCAAGCUUACUAGCUAGCGGUGUGCGGAUUAGUUGGGUGGGCCGGGUCAGUCCAUGGUUCGCGACGAUCACUGAUUCUGGCUAUCGUUGGAUUCAAAGACCAAAAGAAACAGAAACUGUAGUGGAUGGGUGAUGAGUUUGGACUCCUUAGAGGGAGGGGUUGCAAUUGAGAAGCGGGGGAUCGGGAGGAAGAGAAAGGCAGGUUACGACCAAGAGCAGGAUUGUCUCUGGGGUGUGGUUUUUUUGAGUGUUAAUGGAGAGUGAGCAGGUCGAGAGUGUUCUCCAGUUUUUUUGAUUUCAAGUGUUAGCUUAUCGGAGAAGUUUGUUGAGGACUGUUUUUGUUUUUUUUUGUUUUUGGUUUCGGGAAAGGGUAGAGUGAAGGGAGAGACAGUGAAAAGGUGCAUGAAGAUGCCUGGAUUGUUGCCUACGAGAUCGAUCGGAGCUUCUUCGAAGACGAGGAGUAGUAGUGCGAGGAAUUUAGCGCGGGGCAAGACAGAGAAGGCGAGGGAGGAGAGAGCAUCCGGUGCCGGGACGGCGAAUCUUGUGCGUGUGCAGUCGCAGAACUUGAAUUUAAACAUGGGAUUGUUGUCGGCACAGUUUCGAGCAUAUGGAGGAACCGGUAACAGGUCGAAGGCGCCGGAAUCCGGCGUGGACAAUAUGAGGAGAAAGUUCUUCGGCAAUGGAGCUGAUUCAGAAAACAAGUUUGGGAGCCAAUAUGUGAGCAGCGGGAGCGAGCACGAGUUUAACUCUGUCUGCUUAGGCGCUAUGGUUAACGGCUUCAUUGAAAACGAGGCUGACAGUGGCCGCUGCGGUCGGACGCGAUGCAAUUGCGAAUCAAGUGGGUCACUGUGUGACUGCAGUGACUUUGAUGAUUCCAGGUCUUCACUUGGAGGAGAACUCUCUGAGAUAUUGCUGGAGUUGGUGUCGAACCCCAGCGCCACCGAGAGGACCUUGGCUGCUGAAGUUACUAAGGCGAUUACUGUGGCCAACGGUGUAGUAUCUGCUGAGGAUGGUGACUCUUCCAACGUGAACCGUCAAGUCAUGAAGCAUCUCAGAGCUGCUGGUUACAAUGCUGCAAUAUGCAAAUCACGGUGGGACCAUGCCGGUAGUUUCCCUGGUGGAGACUACGAGUAUAUUGACGUACUGUUCGAAGGCCCAACCAAAAAGAGCGAGAGGAUCAUCAUCGACAUCGACUUCAGGGCUCAGUUCGAGAUCGCCCGUCCUACAUCUAGCUACAACGCUUUGGUGCAAGUGUUACCUACCGUAUUUGUAGGGAAGGCCGAUAUUCUUCUUCAAGUUGUAAGCGUUGUGUCCGAUGCCGUGAAUCAGUCCCUGAAGAAGCGCGACAUGCACUUGCCUCCGUGGAGAACUGUUGAAUACAUGCGUGCCAAAUGGUUUUCAUCAUACAAGCGCACGAUCAACGGCUCUGUUCAGAAGGUUCGCAGUGAUAUUGUUUCCAACAUAUCGCGUAUCGCUGUGAGGGAUAGCUGCUGGAAUGCGAAGUACACCAACGAGAUGGAGGUGGACUACUUCAGAGGUCCAGACCGACGGAUAUUGAAAGACUCGCACCUCGCCGAGAAGAAGCCUGCAGAGCCUGCCUACAAGCCGUCAGCACCUCUUGCCGUGAGACUUGCUGUUGACAACAAUCAAUGGCAGCCUCCUGCCUUGAAGCCAAGAGUUUUUCAAGCACCUGGCCAAGCCGGACUUGCAUUAAUUUUGAGGGAAUCGGGUUUGACUUCCUCAAUUAGAACUUUGACGGAAGAGGGACGGACGGAACGCAAGAGCUUGCCGAUCCCGGUUUGAGGAUUUUAUGUUGACACAUUUCGACAUUGCUCCAUUUGGGUACUGUAACAUAUAAACAAUGCAGCUGAUGUGCAUAUAGAUGUCACAUAUCAUUGCCGCAAGUGUUCCGUCCUUUUUGUCACGACGAGGCUGGCAUUGUUGAGAAGAAUAGACUGCGCGAGAUUGUAGGGUAGAAGUUAUUAAAUUUUGGGCUCGACAGUGCCGGGAUGAUAACCUUGCCCCGACACAGGCGUCUUGCUGUGGAGGAGUUUAGGAGCACCCACGGGUUAUUGAGGAUGAACAUAGCGCGGCUGAUUUUACAUACCGCAGUCCUUGUGCUGCAGUUUUGACGACCAGAGUAGUGCAAAGGAAGAGUGUGGUUAUUGUAUAUACUUCUUGGAGAGGGUUUUGCCACUCACGGUAUUGAAUUUUUCUAACGAGCCGCUGAAGUUGAGGCUCUGAGUUCAGUUUGCUUUCUUCCAUUGAUAUUUGGGAAAGUCUCAUUUUUGAGAAUAAUGAAAGACAAUUUCAUUGUCUAUCUUGGGUCUAGCAUAUGCUACUUGAUACCUUUCAUUAAA